UUAGCUGGAGCAAGAGCUUUGGUCAUGUCAGUUCAAUCCGAAUAUUUGGUCUUAUCAUACCCACUGAAAAGAUUCUGAGUGCACAGUGUUUAAGGUCACAUAUAAAAGGAUGUUUCAGCUGAGAGAUUUAGCACCCAUCUUUUGAAUUCCAGUUAGUUUGAUUGAUGAGAAUUUUAAGUGUCAUGGAGGGAAAAAAGGUGUCUGGUAUGACUGUGUUGAUCUUCUUGCUUGGCAUUCUCUUAAGCUAUUCUUAUGUUCAUGCUCGCCCAGCAACAUUUUUGGAGGACUUUAAGAUAACUUGGGCUGAUGAUCAUAUUCAACAAAUGGCUGGAGGGAAUGCCAUUCAGCUAAAAUUAGACCAGUCUUCAGGUGCUGGAUUUGCUUCAAAGAAGCAGUAUCUUUAUGGCUCUGUUACAAUGAAACUCAAGCUUGUUCCUGGUGAUUCUGCUGGGACAGUCACUGCUUUCUAUAUGAAUUCAGACACUGACAAUGUCAGAGAUGAACUGGACUUUGAGUUCCUAGGCAACAGAUCUGGACAGCCAUACACAGUCCAAACCAAUGUAUAUGCUCAUGGCAAGGGAGACAGAGAGCAGAGAGUCAACCUCUGGUUUGAUCCUUCUGCAGAUUUUCACACCUACUCUAUUCUAUGGAACCACUAUCAUGUAGUGUUCUCUGUAGAUGAGAUACCCAUCAGAGUAUACAAGAACAAUGAAGCAAAAGGGAUCCCUUAUCCAAAGUCUCAGCCCAUGGGGAUCUAUUCCACUCUGUGGGAGGCAGAUGACUGGGCCACAAGAGGAGGACUAGAGAAAAUAGAUUGGAGUAAAGCACCAUUCUAUGCUUAUUACAAAGACUUUGACAUAGAAGCUUGUGCAGUGCCUGGUGUAUCAACCUGUCCUUCUAACCCUAACAACUGGUGGGAAGGUCCUUCAUACAGGCAGCUGAGUGCCAUACAAGCCCAGAGGUACAGGUGGGUCAGGUUAAAUCACAUGAUAUAUGACUACUGUGCAGACAAAUCUAGGUACCCUGUCACACCCCCUGAAUGCUUAGCAGGCAUCUAAAGUUAAAACCAAAGCCUACUACCUAAUGCUUGAGUAUGAUAGUUCAACCAAUUAUCAAUUAUCAACUAUCAACUAUAUCCAAAUAAGGAAGCAAUUAAUAUCUCUGUAAAGGAAUAUAUGUGAAGAUCUACUGUGUGGUUGUGUGUAAUUUAUGUGUGUGUAAGCUGGCUACCAGCAUUUCAUUACUAAUAAUAAAUAUUAUUUUGAGGAUUGGAUUGAAACAA